CAGAGGAGAAAACUGAGGCUCAGCGGUGGAAGGUGACUUGCCUAGGAUCACACAGGCAGUAGUGGAUCAGGGGUUUGAACCCAGGGCAUCUGGCUCCAGCAUCUGCACUCGUAACCACUCUGCUAGCCUCUCUCUCAGGUGAGGAAAUUACCUAGGGACCCAGUUCAGGAUAUUAAGGGGGCUUUCCAGAUGUUUCUUAUAAAAGAGGGGGUUGGGUGUCCCAGGGGUGAGAACCACUGACAGAGCACAUAGAGUGUUGAUAUCCUCUCCCUCUCCCUUUUCACUCCGUAUUCUGCCACCAUGGUCCUGAAUCUGAGCCACAAUUGGGGUGGGGGUGGGGGUCAGCUGUGUGGCCAUGAGCCCAAGCCCAGGAGGGGCACGUUGCAGAGGGCAGGAGACAGACAGCAAGGAGUUGGCCAAGUGAGGCCCUCAGUUCCCUGCUGGCCCUGAUCUUCAGAACUGUUUAUGCCCAGACCCUGCCUCUCCUCCUCCCCGCUGAGGGGCGGGGAUCUCCUCUGUGGAAAAAUACCCAGCUGGGCGAGCCCCGGUGAGAGGAGGAGGGAAGGGGGGCUGGGACUCACGGGACGACUCUUUUUCCCUCUCGUGACUGGUGUUUACUGGGCCGGGUUCUGGGAAAGGGCCUGAUUGCAUCAGACAGGGCCUGAGGGGCUGGAGCCAGACUGUGGGCUGAGGAGGAGACGUGGCCUUAUAAGUUGGGGCCAGUGAACUGGGAGGUGUCAGGAAACCAGACACAAACAAAGCUUUAGAAGACGAGAGACAGACAGCAAGAGUAAGCCAGACAUGAUGGCCACCUUCCCGAAAGCAGCCAGCCCAUCCCGGCAGCCCCCAGACCCGGAGGACGAAGACCCCAGCUUGGAUGAGUACGACCUCUACAGCCUGGCUCAUUCUUACCUGCGAGUGGGAGGCCGGAAAGGUCGCACCAAGAGAGAAGCUGCUGCCCACACCAACCGCCCCAGCCCUGGUGGGCAUGAGAGGAAGCUGGUGACCAAGCUCCAGAAUACCGAGCGAAAAAAGCGAGGGGCACGGCCCUGAGACAGAGCUGGAGAUGAGGCCAGAGCACGGACACCACAGCAAUGGAGAAAGGACUUCGGAAGAAUCAGCACCUGGGGGCCGGAUCCAGGCCUGCUUGCCCUCCGCCCCACCCCCAGGACUUACCCCACCUGACUGAGGCUCCAAGGGGCCACCAAGGAAGCGCCCCCAGCCCCAGAAAAAGGACAAGAUGGGGAGCAAGAGGCAGGGGAUAGAGAGGCAGAGUCAUGAAGGUACCCCCAAAAAGAAAGACGCUGAAGACCCGGGAGCUCCCUAGGGUGGCAGCGACAAUAAACAAAAUUCAGCAGCUGCAGCCUGUGUGUGGUUUUUGUCCUCUCUCUCUGUUUCUGCCCGCAUGUGUCUGCAUUUGCAUGAGCCAGUGAGAGCAUUUCUUGUUAGUGUUUGUGUUUGGUUAUGUGUCUGGGAGGGGCGGUUCCUGAUU